AUGGGCAUGCCCGAACGCAAAAAAGGCUAUCCGAGAUACUCUUUGGUUCCCUCUCAAGCAAGGCUAGAGUCAAAGGAGGAACUCUCGACUCAAAUAGGUGUGAUAUCGAAGUGGACUCAAUUGUCUAAUAUCUUCUCUUAUGCUAUUAUUUCGUCGAGUACUCAAAAUAAGAUGAACAAGCGAGAGGAAAGAACCUCACAUAAGCAAGCAGUCCGGCUGAUUUCUCCUCUUCUGACUGCCCUUCUUCAGGCACAACCAUACCUUCUGGCAAUGAAAUUGGAUUUAUCCCCGCUCGAUUUCUUUCUUGUAGUCAUCGCCGGACCUGAGCUCUUCCCCCUAAAUCCUUUCUAUUGCGGCUUUCGAGCUACUCGCUACUAUAGUGACAAAAGUCCAGUUGACGUAGCUCCUUUCCCCUUUGGCCAAGCUAGUAAAGUACCUCAUUCUAUCAUUUCUUACUUGACUUUUUUGACUGUAGCGGUUACGGCUAGACUACUUUGCUCAGCCACUCCUUGCUUCAUUUUUGAAUGGAAAAGAAAGGCUAUUUUCAAUUACGGACUUAGGGACCCGUGUCAAAAAGAUGUCUUUCGCCCUGAGAUAGAUUUCUUUCUCAGAUCCUCUAUAUAUUAUACAUUGGUUCAAGAAGGUCCUUCCAAACUGGAUCAUCCCACUCACUGUCUGUGGGGUAGGAGGUUGUCACCGACAGAGCGCAAUUACAUCAUAACUGAAAGAGAAGGACUCACAUGGUACAUUUUGUACAGAAGUUUCGACAUUAGCUAUUAG